GUCUCAUCUCUACGCUUCGCUUCGCUUCGCUUCUCUUCGUGUUCACUCAAACCAACAAGUUGUUCUACAACAACAAACAAUGGCGAUUGUGGUGGCACUGUUCGUGGCGGCGACCAAGAUCGCCGGCAUCCUAGUCACGGUCACCGUCGCAGCCAACGCCGUGUCUUUCUCCUUUUACCGCCGUAAGAACCUCCGCCCCUUCCGCUCUCCCAUCGACGACUCCUCCGACAUCCUCGCCUCCUUCAACGUCUCUCCCUCCUCCGAAGGUGAAAAGGAGUUCUUCUUUGGAUUGGCAACUGCUCCAGCACACGUUGAAGACAGGCUUCAUGAUGCUUGGCUCGAGUUUGCAGAAGACAACCCUUGUGACAAGUCAGAAUCGCUGUUGCAUCAUAACCUGCAACCAGCAGAUGCAAUAAUGGGCUCUGCUUCCGCUGAUGGCAGAAAUCAGCAAGUUUCAUUGCCCGUGAUAGAUGGUAAAACAAGAGCGAAAAGAAAGAAGCCCAUUAAAAUAGCUAUGGAGGCAAUGAUCAGGGGAUUCGAGAAAUAUACAGAAGAGGAAGAGCCUGCAACACCUGAAGAAUGUCAUCAUAAAGUAGCUGCUUGGCACAACGUUCCACACCCGGAGGAGAGGCUAAGGUUUUGGUCUGAUCCUGAUACAGAAUUGCAACUGGCUAAAGCCACUGGUGUUCGUGUCUUCCGAAUGGGUGUAGAUUGGACAAGGAUCAUGCCAGUCGAGCCAAUCAAUGGGAGUAACGAAGCUGUCAAUUAUGCCGCAUUGGAACGAUAUAAAUGGAUUAUCAGUAGGGUUCGCUCGUAUGGUAUGAAGGUGAUGCUGACCCUGUUCCAUCAUUCACUUCCACCUUGGGCUGGAGAGUACGGAGGAUGGAAGCUGGAGAAAACUGUGGACUAUUUCAUGGAUUUUACAAGGCUUGUUGUGGAUGGGGUCUCAGAUAUUGUAGACUAUUGGAUAACAUUUAAUGAGCCUCAUGUCUUUUGUUUGCUUACUUAUUGUGCUGGUGCUUGGCCCGGUGGUAAUCCCGAUAUGCUGGAAGUUGCUACUUCUGCUCUACCUACUGGUGUUUUCCAUCAAGCCAUGCACUGGAUAGCAGUAGCCCACUCAAAGGCCUUUGAUUAUAUCCAUGAGAAAAGCACCUCAUCGAAUUCAAUCGUUGGAGUAGCACACCAUGUCUCCUUUAUGCGGCCAUAUGGUCUCUUUGAUGUUCCUGCCGUUACACUGGCUAACUCUUUGACUCUCUUCCCAUAUUUGGAUAGUAUUGCUGGCAAGUUGGAUUAUAUUGGAAUAAACUAUUAUGGGCAGGAAGUCGUGUGUGGUGCUGGAAUGAAGCUAGUAGAGACUGAUGAGUUCAGUGAAUCUGGACGUGGAAUAUAUCCAGAUGGCUUGUACCGCAUGCUACUUCAGUUCCAUGAAAGAUACAAACAUCUGAAUGUGCCUUUUAUCAUUACUGAAAAUGGUGUUUCUGAUGAGACAGAUUUGAUCAGAAAACCAUACUUGUUGGAGCAUUUACUUGCAAUUUAUGCGGCCAUGAUCAUGGGUGUACCUGUGCUUGGGUACCUGUUUUGGACUAUUUCUGAUAACUGGGAGUGGGCUGACGGCUAUGGUCCCAAGUUUGGGCUUGUAGCGGUUGAUCGUGCCAAUAAUCUUGCACGGAUACCUCGUCCUUCGUAUCAUUUGUUUUCCAAAGUGGCAAUGACUGGUAAGGUUACACGUGAAGACAGGAAACAAGCAUGGAAUGAACUCCAGAGAGCUGCUAAAGAGAGAAAAACAAGACCAUUUUAUCGAGCAGCUAAUAAGCACGGUUUAAUGUAUGCAGGAGGCCUUGACGAACCUGUAAGGCGGCCUUACAUUGAUCGUGAUUGGCGAUUUGGACACUAUGAGAUGGAAGGACUGCAGGACCCAUUGAGUCGCUUGUCACGAUGUGUCCUCCGACCUUUCUCCCUUGGAAGGAGAGCAAAACCUCAAACAGAGGAUGACGAGUUGGUGCUUCAGCCUCUUGCGUCAAAUGAAUGAUUGAUUCCAGAUACAGGACACAGAUUUCCCAGUUUCUUCGAUGCUGCUGUCAAGAUGUGCUCUAGGUUUGGCAAGUAGUCUUCACAGUUACCAUAAGCUAUAUAUAAGUUUUGAUUUCGUACUCCAGUUGGGAGAUGCCUGAAUAUCCGGCAAGAAAGGGAUUAAAUUGGCUUUGGAUCCUUGACAACAUAAGCCCUCCCCAGUGACCUCCUCCCAGAUUGUAGUUUUAUGAAUAGAUAGCUCUGUUUUAUGCUACUGUAUCUUGUUUAGUUGUAAUGUCAACUUCAAAUAGAGUCGUGUCCAGAAUCUGGUGUAAAUAAGCUAUCGACAAAUAGUUUUCUUUUUGUUUUUCAAAUAAAUGCUUCUUCUAUGUA